UCCGUCAACAAAAUGAUGGAACGCUUAUCCACGCACUUGUCGCUCUCUGGAUUAUCGCUCGCACAUCCAUUGCAGGGUCAUUUAAGCUCGGUGAGCUCCAGCAGUGGCACGCAUCUCGGCCAAUUGAUACAGCAUCAUCAGCAACAGCAGCAGCAACAGCAGCAGCAACAGCAGCAACAACAGCAGCAGCAGCAGCAACAACAACAACAUACCAGUGAACAGAGCCACGCCCACAGUCACGCCCAUCAUCAUAGCCAGCAGCAACUGUCGCUGGGUCAACUGGGCCAGCAGCAUCAUCACCAUCAGUGCAACAGCAACAGCAGCGGCGGCUCCCCCAACGGCAACGGCAGCUCCGCGCUGAGUCUGCAUCCGCAUCUGCAUCAUUCGGCGGCCGCUGCAGCGGCAGCUCAUCACCUGAGCUCCCAGCACUCGCAACUGCAUCAGCAUCAUCAAGCAGCAGCAGCAGCGGCAGCAACAGCCGCGGCUGCACAGCAGCAACACCAGCAGCCGCACUCGACAGGCUCGCAUCAUAGCCAGACGGCUGGCUCCGGCGCGGGCUCCAUACACAGCCAGGCACAGACGCAGCCGCACCAGACAUCGCACAGCAACGGCAUUGGCCAGCAUCUGUCGGGUAGCGCGGGUCACGGCCUCGCCAGCUCCAGUUCUAGUGCGCCCGUGCACUACACGUCCACGUCCAGCACCUCAAGCAGCGUCAUGGCAGCCGCCGCCGCCGCUCAUCUGCACCACAAUUCGCAGGCGUCGCCCAUUAGCAAUCUGCACCAGAAUAUGGGCAGCCUCAUGAACAGUGGCAGCAGCGCCAGCGACGUCUUCUUCAGCCUGAUGAUACAGAACACAACGAAACGCCAGAACGAGGAGCACAUAAAACGUCCAAUGAAUGCUUUUAUGGUCUGGUCACGCCUACAGCGACGCAAAAUUGCUCAGGAUAAUCCCAAAAUGCACAAUUCCGAGAUAUCCAAAAGGCUGGGUGCCGAAUGGAAGCUGCUCACCGAGGAAGAGAAACGUCCCUUUAUCGACGAGGCGAAGCGUUUGCGGGCCAUGCACAUGAAGGAGCAUCCCGAUUACAAGUAUCGACCUAGACGCAAGCCCAAAGCUCUGAGACGCGAUGGUUACCCGUAUCCCAUGCCAUAUCCAUCAGUGCCAGUGGAGGCGUUACGUGCAGGCAUCUCGCCGGGUUACUUUGCGCCCGGUCCCACAGCGGCCGCCUAUCAUCUGGGCAGCCAUCUCACGCAGGCAUCGCCGCCAACGACAACGCAGGCGACACUCUCCGGACAGAUGGAUAAAUUUGCAGCAUUGGAACGCAGCUCGUAUUUGAGUAAUGCAGCAGCCGCAGCGGCGGGCAGCCAGGCGAGUGCCUAUAGCGCCUACCUGGACCCCAGUGUGCUGACCAAGGCCUACUUCGACUCGAAGAUGUAUCAGGAUCGUGCCAACUAUGCCUUCGAUAUCUCCAAGAUCUACGGCGCACAGCAGCACGCGGCGGCACAUCAUCAGCAGCAGCAGCAACAGCAACAGCAGCAGCAACAACAGCAGCAGCAGCAGCAGCUGCUCAUGGCCAGCAGUGGGGCUAGUGGUGGGGGUGGCGGCAGUGCUGGCGGCAGCUCGCACAACAACAACAGCAGCAGCGGGCUGGACGAGCGCGAUGCCACGCCCCAGCUAGAGGCGGGCGGGCAAGCGGAGGCCAAGCCGCAUCUGCACUCGCCCAGCGACGUGGGCUUGGACUAUGCUCACCAAUAUGCCCAGCAAUAUGGCGGCCAGUUGGCCAGUGCCGCCGCUGGCAUUGGAGUCGAUGUUGGAGCGGGCGCCGGAGCAGCAGCUGCUGGUGGCGGCGGGGCAGGUGGCGCCUCCGACUUCCGCCGACCGCUAACGGUCAUCUUCUGACCACCAUCGUCCAAUGGCAGCGAGGAGUUGAACUUGUCUAUGACUUAGGAAAUGCGAGAUUAAAGUUAAACGUAGCCAACUUUAAAGUUAA